AAGAUGACAAUGAUGAUUGCCUAUCCAUCGGUACCAGGUCUCAUUCGAUUCUUGACGUUCGAUAAAAGUGGAUCGUACAAAUUGUGUUGCUUUUCUUGCAUAUGUCAGCUACCGGUUUUCAAAUAAUGGCGUCAUUGGCUUCCUCGGCAAAUCGUUUGGAGAAAAAGUUUCCAAUACGUAGCUAUAGCGUUGAGCAUGGCUAUCCAUCACGACGACGAUCAUUGGUUGGUGAUGCUAAAUUCGAAACACAAAAAAAUCGUGAAGCUAAACGAUCGUGGAUUGAGGAAAGUCGCAGCGAAUCACAAGAUUUCGAUCUUUCCGAAGAAGAAGUUAUCGUAGCGGAAGAAAGCCGACAGAAAGAAGUUGAAGAUGAUUCACUGAAAAGAAAAAAUCUGAUCAUUACAUUGCCGGCUAAUAAUGGUUUGGAUAAUUUGCCCAGAAUAUUACGACUGAUGCAGGUCACAAAAGCAACUAUCGAGCAUAUUGAAAGUCGUCAGAAUGCAAACGAUGGCAAAUGCUUUGAUAUAUUCAUGUCGGUAAUGAUAACACCGACUAAUUUGUUGACAUUUAUGAAAUCUGUACGUCAGUCUGGACUCGGUGAAGUAUCAUUAUUGCGUGAAAAACUCAUAUCGGUGAAGGAUCCAUGGUUUCCCCGGCAUAUAAGUGAUUUGGAUUUUUGUACACACAUUAUGACCAAAUAUGAGCCAGAAUUGGAUAGCGAUCAUCCUGGAUUUUCCGAUCCCAUAUAUCGUCAACGGCGUUUGCAAAUUGCUAACAUUGCAUUCGAAUAUCGAUAUGGCGAUCCCAUACCGAGAAUAAAAUAUACCGAAGAAGAAAUUAAGACCUGGGGUAUUGUUUACAAAGAACUGGUACGAUUGUUUCCAACACAUGCAUGUUCGAAACACAUCCAAGUGUUUGAAUUGUUGGAAAAAGAAUGUGGCUAUGCACCGGAUAAUAUCCCCCAAUUGGAAGAUGUUUCACGUUUUCUCAAAAAACGCACUGGAUUCACAAUACGGCCGGCUGCUGGCCUGUUGACUGCACGGGAUUUCCUUGCCAGUUUGGCUUAUCGUGUAUUUCAAACAACACAAUAUAUGCGUCAUCCAAGCGAACCGGAUCAUUCGCCCGAACCGGAUUGUGUUCAUGAAUUAUUGGGUCAUAUUCCUGUACUGGCCGAUGAAAGUUUUGCUGAUUUUUCACAGGAAAUUGGACUGGCAUCGCUUGGCGCAAGUGAUGAGGAUUUAGAAAAAUUGGCUACACUAUACUGGUUUACAGUGGAAUUUGGUCUUUGUCGUGAAAAUGGCCAGGUACGUGCAUACGGUGCCGGAUUAUUGUCAUCGUUUGGUGAACUGAAGCAUUCGUUAUCAAACAAGCCGGAAUUGCGUGAAUUCGAACCGGAAAAGACAGCCAUACAACCUUAUCAAGAUUUGGACUACCAAGAAAUCUACUAUGUAGCCGAAAGUUUCGAUGACGCAAAAGAAAAAUUUCGUAAAUAUGUUGCGGAAAAACUGCCACGUCGUUUUGAAGUAUCGUACGAUCCAUUCACAAAUCGUGUCCAUGUUAUCGAUUCGAUGGAAAAAUUGGAUCGAUUAAUUGCAAACAUUUCCAAUCAAAUCGAACGUCUGCACAGUUGUUCAUCGAAAUUACGUAAAGUUUUUGAUUGAAAGCAAAAAUGCUCAUCAAAUGUUGAAUUUGGGAGAAAAAUUUGAAAACUAUUUAUUGUUUGUUUGAAAAAUAUUGAAAAUUAGAAAAUUAGAAUUGAUUGGCGUUA